AUCACGCAGCAGCCCUAACCCGAAUGAUAUUUUCUUGCGAUUUUAUUUGCCACGCUGCAAUUCUGUCACGCACGCGGUAGGAGCGCACCUACUAGCUUUCUCUUCGGAUCGCUGCUGCACCGGGAGGAACGCCGCCGCGCGUGUCGGCGGCGCUCGGCGGCACAUGAGCGGCUCGAAGGCGGCGCCCGGCGCCGCCGUGGGCGGCAAGGCCGCGCGCGCGUGCGACAGCUGCCUGCGGCGGCGCGCGCGGUGGUACUGCGCGGCCGACGACGCCUUCCUGUGCCAGGGCUGCGACGCGUCGGUGCACUCGGCCAACCCGCUCGCCAGGCGGCACGAGCGCCUCCGGCUGUGCCCGACGUCGCCGCCGCGUCACGCGGCGCUCGAGGCGGGCGCGGUGUCCACGUCGGCGUCGGCGUCGAAGAAGCGCCAGCAGGUCACGCCGGGGUGGUCCAGGCGCAAGGCGCGCACCAGGAGGCCGCACGUCAAGAGCGUUGGGCAGCUGCUGUCGGGGAAGCUCAUUGUCGUGCCGGAGGUGACCGUCGAGUCGUCGUCGGAUGAGCGGAAGGCCGAGGAAGAGGAGGCGGAGGAGGAGCAGCUGCUGUACCGCGUGCCGAAUUUCGACCGAGCCCUCGCCGAGCUCUGCUCGCCGCCGCCAAUUGAUGACCCGGCGCCCGGAGCCCCAUGCUCCAGGGAGGACGCCGACGGCACCGUGGAGCAUACAAAGACGCCGGUGGUUGCAGAAUCGCCCGUGCAGCAGCUCCCGGACAGCUUUGUCGGCUUCGGCCCGACGGACACCGAGCUCAGAGAGUUCGCCGCGGACAUGGAAGCCCUUCUCGGCCAAGGUCUCCACAACGGCAACGAGCUUGACGAAUCGUUCUACAUGGAUAGCCUAGGACUAAUGAUGCCGGCAGAGGACGGCGGGCGGGUAAAGAUGGAGCCAGGCAGCAGUGUAAUCUCCCACAUCGAGGGUUCUCUCCGUCGUGGUCCUGCGGAGCUGAAGCCGGAGGAUUCAGCCGAGGUGCUGGACAUAGACUUCCACUGCGGCUCGCCCGCGGUGAUAGAUCACGACGAGGACAGUUUCGAACGGAAGGCGCAGUUCCUGAAGAGGAGCCUGGAUCUCAGACUCAACUACGAGGCCAUCAUCGAGAGCUGGGGGAGCUCGCCGUGGACCGGCGGCCAGCGGCCGAACGUCCAGCUCGAGGACUUCUGGCCCCACGCGCACCACUCGGGCGUGUGGAUGGCCGGGGGAGGACGCCUGGGUGGGGAGGCGUUGACGCCGCGGCUGGGGAUGAUGGGCGGCGGGCGGGAGGCGCGGGUGUCGCGGUACCGGGAGAAGCGGCGGACGAGGCUGUUCGCCAAGAAGAUACGGUACGAGGUGCGGAAGCUGAACGCGGAGAAGCGGCCGCGGAUGAAGGGCCGGUUCGUCAAACGGCCGGCCGCCGCCGCCCCUUGCGCCGUCACCUAGCUGAUGAUGAGCUGGCCGGUCAGGCCGCUCCCGUGUUGCCGUGCGUGUCGAGGUCGUCGCACUUGCAGACCGCAGCACGCAGGUCUUGCGGGGCAUCACGGGCUCGGCAUGAAAUUACGGACUCGUCAGAAUUUGUCGAAGCUCCUUUAGUUAGUUGGUUCUUCGUUGUUCGUUCACAACUUGUGUUUCUCCCCUCAAUCAUUUCGGCAUCCGUGAUUAAGGGUUGAGACAAAGUAGUGAUGUACAUUUGUACAUUGUUGUCCACCCUCUUUGGCAAAACAAACACAAAGAACACGUGUGUAAAUUACAUGCAUACUGUAAUUAAGUUAUGUAUACAUUUGCAGCAGCCUUUUGUUGUCGCAGGGAAUAAAAGUUGAGGGACUUAGUUUAAGAUUCGAAA